UCUCUCUGAUUUUAUAUUUGUGUUAACCUAACCUUUUCUGGCUUCCAUAAUAAAAAUAAAUACGAUUGGAGUCCACAUACGAGCUACGGGCUUUUGACUGUAAUUUCGAGGCUAGGAAUCUCUUUGAUAAAACUUCUAUUAACCGGCGAUUAAUUCGACUGAUUGAAAAUCGUCAACAGCAAAGUUUUUAACUUUAUAAUUCGUCGUUACUUACUUAAUCCUUCUUUCCAUGUAUCGAACAAUUAGUAAUUACAUUCAUAUUAACCAAAUACUGUGUAAUACUAAGUAUUACAUUGACAAGUUAAUCGCUGAUUAAAUUAAUCGGAGUUUGAUCGAAGAGGCUUUAAAAAUGUCAGAAGAGAAAAUUGGUUCAUUGGAAGAGGAGGCUCUGAAAAGAAAAGAACGGCUUCAGGCGCUCAAAAGGAAGAAUGAAGAAAGUGAGGGAAAUAAGACAAACACGGACGAAAUAUUGCCAAAGCCAAAAUUUCGGAGUUACAAGCCACAAGAUGAAAAUUUGAAGAAUAAUAUGUUAGAGGAUGCGAAACCUGGAGAUGUAGAAUCCGAGGUUCGUGAACAAUUGGAUGCUGCGAGCAGUAAAGUCGUCAUCGAAGAACUAGACAUCAGUAAUUUAGCACCAAGAAAACCUGAUUGGGAUUUAAAGCGAGAUAUAGCUAAAAAAUUAGAAAUAUUAGAGAGGAGAACACAGAAGGCGAUAGCGGAAGAAGUGAGGACGCGUCUCAAACAAGGCCAACAAAAUCUAGCAAUUUAUGUCAAUGAAACUGAUAAAGAAUAGAAGCUUUGUUAUCAGUAAUAUAUAGAUUUUGUAAUAAAUUAUACACUUUUUUU